UGCAGCAGACUUCAUCAUAAAUCAAGGAGGAUGGGAAGCUGUCAUGAGUUUAGAGUCCUCCGUAGAAACUUCACCAGACCAACAGAUAGGCCAGUACCCUUUAAAUUCCCAGCACGUCACUGACCAAUCACAUACCUCAAAUCAGUCACACCACCCACUACAUUCCAAACAGCUCAACAGCCAAUCACAUUCCAUGUACGAGUCAUGUGCCAUGUCAGUGAAACCAGGUGACCUCUUCAGUAACCAUCAAAAUGUCACUGCCAAUAACAGCAGUUACCAUGACAGCGAGGUGAUGUCAAUAUUUGUCGACCCUACUCAGGUAAUUGAGUCUGUGUCACAAGGAAGCUUGUCUGCGGCAGAAUCUGAUGAGGCCUCAUCACCUGGUGUACCGUCUGUCUCGGCAAUCAUAAGAAAAUGUGAUAUCUCCUCGAGGAAGGUUCCUCAAGGCUGGGAUACCAUGUGUUUACUAGAUCUAGAAGUGAAGACUACUGGUCAAGUAUGCUCAUGA